CGCAAACUCAAACUAGACGAUAUCGCAUAAUCACGUUUCUCCGCAAAAAGACAAGCAAGUAGAUGAAAUAAAUGCAUGAUGCACAUGGUCUGACGCCGAGUUCCUAUUGAACCUCGAUCGUCACUCAAAUCUAAGGCUAGAGUUGGAUCGGUCCCUGCUGCAUCUCUGUUGGAACUGCAUCUGCAAACCUUACCUAUUUUCUGCUUGUACCUUUAGAGCGAACGCUAGGGAUCAUCAGAAUUGGGUAUACUUGAAUUAUAUUAGUUUUGUUCACAUAAAAACAUUUACAGAUCAGACCUCCACUGACUUCGAUUUCGUGCCGCAGAGAAACAAUGGGGAAACAGAACAGCAAACUGGCCCCUGAAGUCAUGGAGGAUCUGGUGAAGAGCACAGAGUUUAAUGAACAUGAACUGAAACAAUGGUACAAGGGAUUUCUAAAGGACUGUCCCAGUGGCAGGCUCAACCUGGAUGAGUUUCAGCAGUUGUAUGUAAAGUUUUUCCCAUAUGGUGAUGCCUCUAAGUUUGCCCAGCAUGCCUUCAGAACCUUUGAUAAGAACGCAGAUGGGACCAUUGACUUCAGAGAGUUUAUCUGUGCACUGUCUAUCACAUCACGCGGGAGCUUUGAACAGAAGCUGAACUGGGCUUUUAACAUGUACGAUUUGGACGGAGAUGGAAAAAUUACAAGAGUGGAAAUGCUAGAGAUUAUUGAGGCGAUUUACAAAAUGGUGGGCACUGUCAUCAUGAUGAAAAUGAAUGAGGAUGGCCUGACACCUGAGCAGCGGGUAGACAGGAUUUUCAGUAAGAUGGAUAAGAACAACGAUGAUCAGAUCACACUGGAUGAGUUCAAAGAAGCUGCAAAGAGUGAUCCAUCCAUUGUAUUACUGCUUCAGUGUGACAUUCAGAAAUGAGCUGACGUCAAUACGUUAUGGACUGCACAAAAAGUUAAAUGUUCCAUUCAGUUUGCAGCUAUUUCCACCAAAAUAUUUGCUUGGACUACCUAUAAAUGGACUCGCUUCUUGUGUUUGAAACACUUGUGUGCAUGAGAAUGUCAUUAAAAAAUAUAUAUAUAUAUAUAUAUAUAUAUAUAUAUAUAUAUAUAUAUAUAUAUAUAAAUACUGCCAAAUGUGAAGUGUGCAAAGUUAUUAACAUCAAAUAUUUUUCCUCUGGAGCUUGUGCAUCAGUAAUGUGCUGCGUUGAAUUAUGCUAUUUAUUGUUCUUGUUUACUGAUGCUAGUUAUGUGUUUCUGAGUACUGAGUAAUGUUAAUGAAACUGAAUUCCCAUGGUAAUGUAACUGUUUCUAAUAAACCAUGUAUUCAUUCUUUUAUAAAUUAAAAUUGGAUGGAAAAAGAGAUGGAUUACUGAAUUCAUCAGCUUCCUCCUCUCGAUUGUGCUUGUACUAUUCGUGAAUAUAAAGUAGUUUCUUUGCAUGCCGGUAGGUUUUGACCUAAUACUUUCCUCAUUUGCAUCUUUUAAAAUCCAAACAAGACUAAUCCUUAUCGAAGAAAUUUAGUGCUGAGCCAAUAGGAACUAAACUUCCAUUGCAGUAGGUCCUUCAAUAAAGUACUGUAUUGUUGUUUGGGGUGCAUAUUUGUGAUUCGUUUAACAAUUAUUUAAUACUUGUGGGAGCAUGUUUCCUUAUUAAAAUAUCGAUAUUGCUAAAUUUA